CUGAACUGAACUGCGACAAGCAAAUAAACAGAAUCGUCCCAUUUUCUUGAUGACAACUGCCGUUCACUGUAAAAACAGCCGGCAGUCUGAGGGUGCCUUUCAAGGUGCUUGCAACGUGGUGCACAGGAGGCAACAUUGCGGUUGAUGGAGCGGGAACCACGGCUGCCUGGUGGACACCCGUUGCUGACGUACCGUUACCCUGAGUGCCACCGUUGGAGCCGCGAGGAGAUGGAACGCUUCCAAGAAGGGCUGGCCACUUUCGACAAGGACUUUCUGCACGUGGCCACCAAGGUUGGAACCAAGAAUGUACAGCAGUGUGUAGAGUUUUACUAUGUGUGGAAGAAAGUGGCACCCGAGGAGUACCGGCGGCUGCGGUGUUUGCGGCGGCGACGUGAGCUUGACCAGGCGGCACCGGAGGAAGAUGACAUGGAGGAAAUGGCCGGUAGCCCCUUGGCCGUGCCUGCAGCCGUAGCCAAGCCGACUGUGCCCUCGUCGGAACCUGUGCAACCCUGUGAGCCGCCGCAGGAGUUUCCGUGCAGACUCUGUGGCAGGGUGUUUGCCAAAGUAAAAAGCCGCAACGCCCACAUGAAGAGCCACGGAGCUCCUCGGUCGGUGGCCAGCAGCCGCUUCGAGUUCUGAGCAUCGGCAGUAGCGCUGCCGAUGACCCCGCUGCUGCUGCUGCUGCCACAUUUGCUGCAAUUGCUCAACGUCCUGGCCAAUGGUUCUGGCCCAACGCCCUGGCCCACCGUUCCCCCCCCCCCCCCUCGCCCUGUGUCGUCUUCUCUGUACAUGGCUUGUAAAUACUAGGUUCUUCGUCAUUCUUUUUAAUUGGGGAGUCGUAACGAUCCCGUUGCCAAGGCCGUCCGGCGGGUCUCGUUAUUUUUGUACUCGCGACGCACAUUCUCCACAGAUUAAAGAAAGGAUAUGCUGUUGACCA